AUGCAACUAGAAGAUCUAGAUUCUUCAUGGAAUAGUUUUAGCGGUGAAAUCCCGCCAACCCUUGGAAACCUUAGGCAACUAGGCCUUUUGCGUCUUUCGUCCAAUGUUUUAACGGGAGACUUUCCAUUAUCAUUGGCGAAUCUAAAUCGUCUCUCGGUCUUGGAUCUUUCUUGUAACCAAUUGACAAAGCUCUUUGAUCCUUUCAAUGCAUUGGAGAAACUUGCAGGUCUCACUUCUCUUGACUUGUCAAACAACUCAAUUGCCGGAGCCAUUCCGUCUUCCUUAUUCAGAAUACCUCUCUUGGAAGAGCUACGGCUUGACCAAAACCAGCUCACCUCUCUUGAAUAUGACAACAUCUCUUCAAGCUCAUUGUGGUCUCUUGACCUUCGUUUUAAUAAUUUAACCAUUGAGCUUAGCAUCUUCUCGGAACUUAGCCACCUCUCAUGUCUCUAUCUGUCGCACAACAACAUAUCAAUGCCAAACGAAGGUGUGAAUGUCACUUUUCCCAAAUUUAGUGUGUUGGAGUUGUCUUCGUCAAACAUAAAGCGGUUUCCAGAUUUCCUGAAAACGCAAGAUGAAUUAGCUCACUUGGAUCUUUCCAACAAUAAAAUUUCAGGCAAAAUUCCCAAAUGGUUCUGGACAAUAGGGAAAAGUUUUAUGUCUGAAUUGUAUCUUUCUGACAAUUUUAUCGACGGGUGGGAAGAAUCCCCUUCAGUUACUCCAUGGGAGACAUGGCGCUUGUUAGACUUACACGCUAAUAACUUAACUGGAGCAGUUGAUCCCAUACUUUGUAAAAUCGGACUCCUUGUUCUUGAUCUCUCCAAGAAUCGCUUGAAUGGUACCGUUCCUCAAUGUUUCGGUAACUCAAGUGAACUCGUGGUGCUGCAUUUGCAAGAUAAUAACUUUCAUGGAAACUUAUCCAAUAAUAUGUUCACAGAAUAUGGUUGUGAGAUAUUUAAGGCAUUGGAUCUUAGCCACAACCAUUUGCAAGGCAAGGUUCCACAGUCUUUGAUCAAAUGUCAAAAGUUGGAACUUCUGAAUCUCGGUUACAAUCAAAUGAGUGAUGUGUUUCCUUCAUGGCUGCAAAAUUUGCCAAACUUGAGGGUUCUUAUGUUGGUAUCAUAUAAAUUCCAUGGUCCUAUAUGGUCUCCAAACAAACCUUUGGCGUUUGCAGAAUUGCAAAUUCUCGACCUCUCUUUUAAUCAUUUUAGUGGACUUUUACCAUCGGAGUUCUUUAAGAGUUGGACAUCCAUGGCAAAAGCUCCUUCUGAUCAAGAGCCAUACACUACUUUUUAA